AUGGCUGGUGGAUUCCCCAAUACUGGUCGUAUGCCUGAAGGCAUGGCUGGUGGAUUCCCCAGUGCUGGUGGUAUGCCUGAAGGCAUGGCUGGAGGAUUCCCCAGUGCUGGUGGUAUGCCUGAAGGCAUGGCUGGAGGAUUCCCCAGUGCUGGUGGUAUGCCUGAAGGCAUGGCUGGUGGAUUCCCCAGUGCUGGUUGUAUGCCUGAAGGCAUGGCUGGAGGAUUCCCCAGUGCUGGUGGUAUGCCUGAAGGCAUGACUGGUGGAUUCCCUGGUGCUGGUGGUAUGCCUGAAGGCAUGGCUGGUGGAUUCCCCGGUUCUGGUGGUAUGCCUGAAGGCAUGGCUGGUGGAUUCCCCGGUGCUGGUGGUAUGCCUGAAGGCAUGGCUGGUGGAUUCACCGAUGCUGGUGGCGCCGGUCCUGCAGGCGGUGGAUCAUCUGGACCAACUAUUGAAGAAGCCGACUAA